ACUGUGACACACAGAGCUGUAGCGUUUCCGGCCAGCUCAGCGCGUUAGUCCUGUGGUGUUGUCAGUUUACUGCUUGCCAAACAAACAGCAGUGCCAGCUAGCUAUAACGUUUUCCGGGCCGUGGGAGAACAGCGAAACAUUUGGGAAAGAUGGUGCUGCUGACGAUGAUCGCUCGGCUGGCUGACGGACUGCUGUUAGCCGCUUCAAUGCAGGAGGACGAGCAGGGAAGUGAAAAGUUGGGUCGAGAUCUUCAACAGUAUCAGAGCCAAGCUAAGCAGCUCUUCAGGAAGCUCAAUGACCAAAGUCCCACACGCUGCACUUUAGAGGCUGGCUCCAUGUCAUUUCACUAUUUCAUUGAGAAAGGAGUGUGCUACCUGGUGCUGUGUGAAGCUAGCUUUCCAAAGAAGCUGGCUUUUGCUUAUCUAGAGGACCUGCAGGCAGAGUUUCAUGAUCAGCAUGGAAAGAGGGUUCCGACAGUUUCCCGUCCGUACUCCUUCAUUGAAUUUGACACUUACAUUCAAAAAACCAAGAAGUCGUACAUUGACAGCCGAGCAAGAAGAAAUCUGGGCAGCAUCAACACAGAGCUCCAGGAUGUUCAGAGAAUCAUGGUGGCUAACAUAGAAGAGGUUCUGCAAAGAGGAGAGGCGCUCUCUGCACUGGACUCUAAGGCCAGCAACUUGUCCAACCUGUCAAAGAAGUACAGGAGCGACGCCAAGUACCUGAACACCCGCUCCACCUAUGCCAAGCUGGCAGCAGGUGGUGUCUUUUUCAUCGUGCUCAUUGUCUAUGUUCGCUUCUGGUGGCUCUGAGAGUGGAGAGAGGAGAAGAGGAAGAAGGUAUUGGAAGGGAAAAUGAGCCGUACACAGUCUGCGGACACUAAGAAAAGCUGUCACUUUCAACUAAAAACAGGAUCCCUGCUCUUAAUAAGACUUUGCAGACAUACCACCGCCCAUUUUGUUCUUGCCUGUCCAUGGAUGUGUGAUCUGAAUGUCAGUGUCAUCAUGCAUAAUUUUAUUAUUACUAAUUAUACAAUAGUGCUCAAGUAGACGGUGAGAAAAUGAAUGCUUGAAUCUGUGUGUGUAGGUCUGGAUUGAUUGUUUUUAAAGUUGACUUGUGUGGAAAAAGAAAGACUUCCUGUUUUUUGAGUUUCCAAAGUUGCUGUUGCUAAAACAGGAGUGACUGAUUUAAUCUUUUAUACAUUAACAAUCCAGCUAAAACAAACAAUAAACAACUCACAUUAUAGGACAAUAAACACAUAGGAGUGUCAUCAUUUAACAUAAUAACUCUUGUAGUGAUGGACAAUAUGCCAAAUCUAUUGUAGUUACAUUAAUCCUCAGCAGUAGUCUCAGUAACGAUACCGACAGAAGAAACUGAAACUGAUUUUUUUUUUCUUCCAAAUACUGUAUAUAAGGCUGGAAAAUGCUACUUUAUUUGUUUAAUUAAGCUAACUUUUUCCACAUUUAUGGGAUGUCAGUUCAUUAAUAGUAAGUAAAGUAAUUAUUUUGGUCUCAAAAUGACGCAGUCUGUUUUAGCUUUACCCAAACUUAUUAUUUCAGCAUUUUCUUGCAGAAUAGAAAUAGUUGUGUGUGAGGUUAGUGCGCAACAGUGGGUCAUAAAGGUGUUUAUUAUCAUACACAGAAGGCAGAAACCCAGUUUUCUAUUAGUUACACCUUACUCUGUUAUAAAUAGUAAUAAAAUCUGAUCUGUAUCAUCUCACUUCUCUCACACUGAAAGUCUUCAUCACAGAUGAAACUACCCUUUGUAAGAUGGUAGCUGGAAUAUAAAAAAUAGUUUUUUGUAAAUAGAAAGUCCACUGGACUGUUAAUUGGUUGUUGUAAAAGUUAUUGAAUUACUAAUAUGUUAAGCUUUAUGUUAAGGCUACGCCAUCUCAGUCUUUGUGGGGUACUUUAGUUGGAGAGGAAUUACAGAGCUGGUAGAAUUGUUGACACUUAAAUCUUACAAAAAUGACAAUUUCUUCAAA